AUUUGAUAACACUUGAAAGAUUUUCUAAGCAGAGAUCUUAAGAUGAAACAAAUUCAUUAAAUUUAAGAGUUGUGUGUCCUCGUUUAGGAACCCCAGCCAGCUUCACCGACUAUUAUAAAUUACCGCAAUAAACUUGGCUACCAUCUGACCAUCUCCAUCCCCACUCUCUCUCUCUCAUGGCCGAAACAACUCCGAACCACACACAAACAGUGUCCGGCUGGGCAGCCCAUGAUUCCUCCGGCAAGAUUACCCCUUGCAUCUUCAAACGAAGAGAAAAUGGGAUGAACGAUGUGACAAUCAAGAUCCUGUACUGCGGUAUUUGCCACACCGAUAUUCACCAUGUUAGAAACGAUUGGGGCAUCACUAUGUACCCCGUUGUCCCCGGGCAUGAAAUUACUGGGUUGAUCACCACUGUCGGAAGCAAUGUGACCGAGUUCAAGGUAGGGGACAGGGUUGGAGUAGGAUGUUUGGCGGCGACAUGUUUGGAGUGCGAAUUUUGCAAGGACUCUCAGGAGAAUUACUGCGACCAGGUUCAGUUUACUUACAAUGGCAUUUUCUGGGAUGGUAGCAUCACUUACGGUGGAUACUCCAAGAUGCUGGUUGCAGACCACAGAUACGUCGUGCACGUACCCGAAAACCUGCCCAUGGACGCAGCGGCGCCGCUGUUGUGCGCUGGAAUAACGGUGUACUGCCCGCUGAAGGACAACAACCUGCUUGACUUACCAGGGAAAAGAAUUGGAGUGAUUGGCUUGGGUGGAUUGGGACAUGUAGCUGUCAAAUUUGGCAAGGCAUUCGGGCACCAUGUGACUGUGAUCAGCACCUCUCCGUCCAAAGAAAAAGAGGCUAAGGAUCGUUUGGGUGCCGACGAUUUUAUAGUUAGCACCGAUGCCGCACAGAUGAAGGCAGGGAAGAGGUCUCUGGACUUUAUUUUGGACACCGUAUCCGCUUACCACUCACUUGGGCCUUACUUAGAACUGCUCAAAAUCAAUGGCACACUGGUGAUUGUGGGCGCACCAGACAAGCCCAUGGACCUGCCUUCAUUCCCUUUGAUAUUUGGAAAGCGAACAGUGAAGGGCAGCAUUAUAGGGAGCAUGAAGGAGACGCAAGAGAUGAUGGACGUGUGCGGAAAGUACAACAUUUCGUGUGAUAUUGAGACUGUCACACCUGAGAAAAUUAACGAAGCCCUUGAUCGGCUUGCAAAGAACGAUGUCAAGUACCGUUUUGUGAUUGACAUUGAUGCCGAGAAGCCAUCAAACCUAAUUAGGGCUGAAAAAGAGUUGGCUUAAAAAAAAGCUUAUUGUUCGCAUGUAUUGUUUUCAUCAUUUUGACUUUACUCUUGAUUUAGUUGUGUGCGUUAAGUGUUUUAUCUUUUGAUGGUAGCUGAUUAUUCCGGCCUCAAUGUGAACUUCAAAAUAGACUUCGACUUUAAUUUGGGGCACAUGGUACCACAGAAAACAUUCUUUUAGAUCCUCGGUUCUUGGAGGUAUAUAUAGGGGGCAGUACUGUUUCAGUGGCAUUCUAAAAACAACUACUUUGUGCAUAUAUUUCCAAGAGUUCUCCAAUCGACCCCGCUCAUAUCCCCAGUGUUUGGAGACAAGAUGGGUUUUGCUAUUGUUGUUAAAGCUUAAGCUAGAAAGUUAUUUUUCUAGGUGGUUUAGUUAUAUUAAUAAAACUUUUGGGAGAUUUUUAAGUUA